CUGGUGGAUCAUCUUUUUGUUUGCUAUUAAUCGUGUCUCCUUCUGGCAAAUUAAAAAAAAAAUAAAAAUUCGUGUAUCUUCUGUCUUAUUCACCACCAUACCAGACAGACUGCUGUUUCUUCUUCCUUCUCCGCCCACCCAUAAGCUUAGAUGAGAAGGAGCUAGUGGGAUAAAACAUCUUUUAUUCCACCAGCUCUAUGCAACUCAGUAUUUGAUGCUACAUUGUCAACAUUAGACAAGAACAUCUCAAUGGAAGGCGAUACAGAGAGUGUGAAUGACCGUUAUGCGAAGCUCAUAGGAGAUUCUUGGUGGGCUCAAUUUCGCCGUGGUUCCAACCCUUGGAUGGCUAGAUAUGUCUAUGGCUUGAUGUUUCUUAUUGUGAAUUUACUUGCUUGGGGGAUACGCGAUUAUGGCAGAAGUGCUUUUUCAGAAAUGAAGAGAUUAAAAGAAUGUCAAGAUGGGGAGGAUUGUUUAGGUGCUGAAGGGGUUCUAAGAGUGAGUCUGGGAUGCUUUAUUUUCUAUUUCGUGAUGUUUCUUUGUACUGCUGGUGCCAAAAAAUUAAAUGAGCGUCAGGACUCGUGGCAUUCUGGGAGGUGGCCUGUUAAGGUUGUCUUACUCAUCUCCUUAAUGGUGCUUCCGUUCUUUGUUCCUUCAGAAGUUAUUCAAGUCUAUGGGGAUAUUGCACAUUUUGGCGCUGGGGUGUUUCUAAUGAUUCAGCUUGUCAGUAUUAUCAGCUUCAUUACAUGGCUAAAUGACAGUUUUCAGUCAGACAAAUUAGCUGAGAGAUGCCACAUUCAUGUGAUGUUAGUUGCUACUAGUGCAUAUGUGAUAUGCAUAUGUGGGAUUAUACUGAUGUUCAUCUGGUAUGCCCCUCAACCAUCUUGUCUCCUCAACAUUUUCUUCAUCACCUGGACCCUAGUACUUCUGCAACUCAUGACUAGUGUGUCGCUCCAUCCCAAAGUGAAUGCUGGUUUCUUGACCCCUGGACUUAUGGGCUUGUACGUCGUGUUCCUUUGCUGGUCUGCAGUUAGAAGUGAGCCACCAGAGGGAAGAUGUACAAAAGAUACAAACGCGGGGCCUAAAGGAGAUUGGCUAUCCAUAAUUAGCUUUGUGAUCGCAGUGAUUGCAAUGGUUAUAGCAACAUUUUCAACAGGCAUUGAUUCAAAAUGCUUUCAGUUCAAGAAGGAUGAACCCGAGGAAGAAGAUGAAGUUCCAUACGGCUAUGGAUUCUUUCAUUUUGUGUUUGCAACUGGAGCUAUGUACUUCGCGAUGCUACUGAUCAGCUGGAAUACAAAACAUGUCAGCCAAAAAUGGACAAUUGAUGUUGGGUGGACAAGCACUUGGGUUAGGAUUGUAAACGAGUGGCUGGCAGCCUGCAUUUACAUCUGGAUGGUUGUGGCUCCGGUUAUCUUCAAGCACACAAGAGCAGCUGAACUACCGGGCGCAGUUUAACACUUCUUAAAGACUCAUCAAGAGAUACUAACAAGCAACUACAUGCCUGACAAGUGAGAAGUAUUGCCAUUAACACUUUGAUUAUCUAGAGGCAUUCCUCUGCUUAUACUGUCAACAAGCAUAGCUACUGCAGCUGCCAUGCAAUGUAAAUAUAACAAUAGCACAUGUUAAAACCAUUCAUUCAAUACAUCUAACUUGAUUAUAUGAUAUUCUUGAAAUCGCAAGCACGGAUAAUUAUACAACUAUUCUCAGAAAUUUUCUUACAUCUUAUUCUACACAUUAAUUAUAUGUUGAUG